UCUGCGCCUGCGCUUGGAGUUCCGCCUGGGUCCCUCCUCGAGUGUACCGUCUGGGGUUGGCGCAGUUUCUUCUGCCUCAGUGGUUCUACCCAGCUCCGGUAUCGGGACUCGGGAAGUGCCAGGGCCGUCAGAACCCCAUCCCCUCUCCGAUUAUCCGUGCGGGGCCGGGGUCGCUUCAGGCGCAGACUGAGUUAAAGAUGCCUCGGAGAAAGAAGAAAGUUACAGAAGCUCCUGAAACUAGGAGAUUGGAGGAGGAGAAUCAAAUCCUCAAAGUAAAGAAGAUAGAAAAUUCAUAUAUUGUCAUCUCUGAUAGUGAUGAGGAACCUGGGGAAGAGAAUGGAUUGCUGAGGACAAGGACAAUGCAGCAGUCGGAUAGAGCAAAGAGUGCAACCAAAAGAAAAAUUACACAGAUGACAGAAGAUGAGCAGUUUGCUUUGGCUCUGAAAAUGAGUGAACAGGAAGCACAGCAAGUGAAUGACCAGGUGGAAGAAGAGGAGGAGCUCUUAAGGAAGGCCAUUGCUGAGAGCCUGAAUAGUUGCCAGCUUUCUGAUUCUUCUGCCACGAGCUCUGUACCUUUGUUCACUGGGAUAUCUGCACAACACCACCAAGAGAAACCAGUGAUUUCUGAGACUAUUGAACGCUUGUUUCCUUGUCCUGAAUCUCCACGCUCAUCUGUUGCAUCCCUGUCACAGAGAUCUCAGUCUGAACAGACAGAAAUACCCAAAAGCCCUCUGGUGAUGCUGAAGAGGUUAAGUCAAGAAAUAGUUGAAAGCUCAUUAUUAUCAAGCAUAAUUUUAUCUCAAGAAAAGAACCAACUUUCACUUAAAUCCAGUGAAGCAUCUUGCUCACCCGUGUUAAGUGACUCUAGUGAUAAUUUAUCAAGUCCUCCUAUUAAAAAAAAGUUUGUUCUGAGUCCUACUUUUUCUCGAGUUCCUCUAGGAACAUGGCAGUUGGUACCUCGGAAAUUGUUUGGAAACUCAGGUGUUAACCAAGAAGAGGAGGUUGAAGGUAGAGAGAAGUGUUUAGAUAACACUGGAAACUUGGAAACACAGCCAGUCACUGGCAGUUCAGGAACUGGGGAUAAACUCAAGGAUCCAAUUCUUGACAAUAAGAGCUUUUUUGACAGUGAAACCAGCCAGAGGGCUGAGGAUACCAAGUGUAAGCAGCCUAAAGAACACAUUAGACUGGGUUGUGGUUCUUUCAUGGCUACAAAAGGGAAAGGAAAGAAGACAUCUCAACGCUGCCUCCCUAGCUCAGUUGAUGUUAAGAAUAUACAAGAGGAAAUUGAAGGCACUGUACACUAUUAUUGGGGCAUCCCGUUCUGUCCUAUUGGAGUGGACCCUAACCAAUACACUAAGGUUAUUCUAUGUCAGCUAGAAGUUUAUCAGAAAAGCCUGAAAUUGGCUCAGAGACAACUUGUUCAGAAGAGAGAGUUUGGAAAGCCAAUAUUACCUAGCUCUUCCCUGCUACAAAAGGACCAUGAUGGAAGGCAAGCCAAAGGAGUAAAUGAAGCUAUCACAAAAGAGAUAGGAAAUGACAUAGAACCAAGGAAAGAAACAAGGACAACCACAUGGCGCCGAAAAAGUAAGAAUCCCCCCAAGAGCCCAUUGCAGAGUUUGAAAGAAAAGCCUUUGUUGGAGGAAGAACCAACAACCAGUCACCAUCAGAAUUCCCAGGUUCUGCUUGCUGAGGAUGCACCUCAAAAAGAUGAAGUUAUGACACUAACACCAAGCUCCAUUACUCUAAGCCAAUUGGCCAGUAAGAAAAGUCCAGUCAUUGACAGAAAAAACUCUGCAGAAGAGAUCACAGUCUGCCCAGAGACACAGCUAAGUCCAUCUCAAGUUCUUGAACUAGAGAGAGAAGAGGAAUGUCUGUCUACUAAAGAAAGACCUGUUAAGGCUGCUGUCAAUGAAAAUAAUGAGAAGGAAAUGUCUGCCUCCAUCUUCUCGGCCCAUAUCCAGGUGUCCUGCCCAAUGUGUGACCAGGGUUUCCCGCCCACAGAAAUUGAGCUGCAUGCCAUGUAUUGCAAUGGUUUAGUGGGGGAGGAAAGCAGACACUCACCAGUGUUGACACGGAAAAGGAAACAGGCCAAGAGUAAAAAUGACAAUGGGAGAGAUAUCCAGCCAUCCCUAGACAUUGACAAGAGGGAGAAAUGUUACCUCUGCAAGUCCCUAGUUCCUGUCAAAGAGUAUCCAAGUCAUGUAGACUUGUGCCUUCGGAUAGCUGCAGAUGACCAAAGAAGCCAACUGGAAAGAGGCAACGGGCAGCCUUCUGGUUCUGGAGGGAAAAGGGGGAGGCAGAGGAACACAAGGGAAGGGAAUAGAAAUGGAGGUCGACUCCUCAACUUGUUGGAGCAAUCUGAAUCUAAGUCUGCAGAUGCUGAUAAGAAGACAGAGUCAUCAGAAGAAGAAGCUUUCAGAUGUGUUGCCUCAGAAAUGGAGAAGGCAGAUUGUAGCAAAGGAGACCAGAGCUCUUUAAACUUGAAUGAUUCUCCCAUCAAAUCUUUUGUUUCUAUUUCGGAAGCCAAGGAUUGCCUGGUGGACUUUAAAAAACAACUUUCCAUACGACCAGGCAGUCGGAAGCGGACCAAAGCAAGCAGAGGAAAGAGGAGAAAAUCUUGAGCUUCUUACAAUGGAAGGUUGACAGAUCCCUGGAGAAAAUAUAUGGCUAGACUUCUUUCAGCAGGCCCUCCACUGUUCUUUUUUAAUACUGUUGGUUAGGGUCAAGCCAUAUCAUUGUCAUUACCAGCACAGCUACACAGUCUUUUUAAACAUAUUUUCUAUGAUCUAUAUAAGGAAACAUUGUAUAGAAUUUGUUUUCUAAUUGUUUGUUUGAAAUUGCUUAUAGUUAAAAAUUUUAAAUAUAUAUAUGUUUCUAUGAAACUCUGAAGCACUAAGGUUUUCCUUUCCUUCCUUUGUUUUUGGUUCCCUUUGGAGAUAAGGAAUAGUAGAUCAUCACCUAUUUUAGAAUUAAAUGCAUCAUUGCUUUGGACUUGUCACUGAUAUUCUUCUUGAUCUUAGGUCAAUUAGUAUGCAUUGUACAUUUCCAAACAGUUUCUGUGGUCACUUCCUUGAACUUCUCUCUCUCCACUGAAUUAUCUUUACCCUGAGUUCCAUCUGUCUGCAGUAUUUAUCUGCUUGAUGAUUCCUGAUUCCUGACCUCAUUCUACAGUCCACACACCAAACAAAAUUCUAGGUGGCCAUUCUUAGCAGUAUUUCUCCCUAAAGUGAAAGAAUGCUUUGAAAAGUUAUUUGUCUAAUCUCACCAGACUCCUAUUGGAUACAACCAUUUUCCCUUUACAGUAUAGCCAUUAGGAAUGUCAGGUAUAACCUCUCAGUUAGAAAUUAGCUCAGCUCUGCUUCAUGCCAGAGAUUAUAGAGGCAGCUGAGAGCAUCCUUAGCAUGGGGAAUUGAACUCUGAUGGGUACUUCCAGGGUAGAGUACAGAUGUGGCUCAAACUUUAUUCAGGAGGAUACGAUAGAAAAAGAUAAUGUGCAAGAUGUGUGAGAGAGUAGGGCACUGAGUAUAAUAAAGAGAAUCUUUAUUAUAGAAGAUUCUCUUCAUUGGGCUUAUAAUUGGGGACCUAAUUUUGAACCCUGACUCUGCUUAAUACCUGGAGACCUUGGGAAAGUCCUUAAUUUUAGGCCUCAGUUUCCUCAUCUUUAAGAUAAGGAAUUUGGACAACAUAAUUUCUAAGAUUCCUUCCUGAGCUAAAUCCUUCCAAUUGUUCAUAAAAUUCUGUAUCAUGAUAAAUCCCAUGAUUCAGUUGAUAAAGAGAUAUUAACAAAGAACUAGGUUUUGUCAAAUCCUCUUUGAAUUACAUCAGGAUGGUAAAGGAAGUGGCUGCUGAUUGAGAAUGAACUUUUUACUAAGAGAGUUUCAGCCAAAAACUCAAUUUCCUUUGACUUCUACUUUGAAAUCCCAAAUUUUUGUUUUUAAGAAUUGGGGUAUAGUUUGUAGAUCAGGAAAAGUUUAGUCUAAAUUUCCAAAGGUACCUGGGAAUACUGCUUCUUUCAGGGUGUGGGGUCCUGCUGUACAGUUUUUACUCUUAUUUGGAAGAAGGUGGAAAAUAAGGAAACGUAAGAACCUGGUCCUUCUUUGGUGAAAGAAAACAAAAUGAUGGGUCAGCUUAAAUGCUGCACUUCUAUUUCUUCCAAAGUGCUCCCCAUCCCUAAGGGGAAGUAGUCUGACACUGGCAUCACUUUCUGGGUGGGAGUAUCAGGACUUGUGCCAAAUAGUCAUUCUAUAUUUACAAGACCCCUGUACAGUGCUCUUCAGUGCCGAGAAAAAGGUUGCAUUUUGAUUGUGGUAUUGAUUCUUUACCCGUUUUCCUUGUAAUGAAAAGCAGUUUAUCAGUUAUGCACCAUCGAUUCAACUCAUGCUAGUUUUCUCUCAUUAAAUGGCAAUUUAUUAAAGGUAGAUCUCUAUAAAUGGGAUGUGGUGUUUAUCUCUUUGUCCAAAGAUAAAGGAAGCAAAGAACUGAUCUUAGAAAAUGAAUUACUUUUCUUAAGGUUGGAGCAAUCACUGUGCAAGUUUGGGUUAAUUGAAGGAAGAUACAGAUUGGGAAAAUGAGAACCCAAAAGUCCCAGGUUUCUCAUGAAUCCACUAAUGGGAAGUCAGGGGCAUUGGGUGGGGGGGUAGGAUUCCUCUUAAUAUUUACUUUUAGGAGUAGAGAAGAAAUCUUUCUUUCCCUUACCAACAUAUUGCCUCAGCUUCAAUCUUUACUCUGAAAUCUUCCCCCAGCAUUGAGGCCGCCUUACUCUGUAAAUACCCCAUUGGUGAGUUCCUCCUGAGGCCUCUGUUUUGGGGAUGAUCCCAGCCUGGCCAACCUGCAUUUCCUUCCUGGAUUUGUUUUUGACUUUCCAAACAAACAUUAUAUACCUGUGCCAAGUACUUUCACUUAUCCACCUUUCUAACUUCCUUUUGCAAGUUGUUUUCUCCCAUUAGAUUGUAAGCUCUCUGAGGGCAAGGACUAUCUCUUUGCUUAUAUUUAUUUGUAUCCCCAGAGUUUAGCCUAGUGUCUAAUAUAUGACAAAUGCUUGAUAAAUUCUUGUUUCCUUGUCUUUGCUUUGCCUUAGUAAUGAUAGUAAAGAAGUCAAACUGUCCCUGUGGGUUUUUCUGUCUUAGGGAUCUCAACUAUUGACUAGGAGAUUAGGGGGAACAGCCUAUUAGAAAUGACUACUUUGCAACUUGAUUAACUUUACUAAAAAGUUUAUAAAAUUUAUACUAUCACAAAAAGACCUAGAAUAUUAGAACUGGAAAGAAGUCUUUGUAGACGUGCUUGAAUUUGAAAAACUUGAGAACAUUGGUUAUCAGAGUUAAAGGGGACCUUAAAAAAUAAUAAAUUUCAUUUGUGUGAUAACAACAGCUAACAUUUAUAUAACAAUUAUUAUAUGCCAGAUACCAGGCUAAGCACUUUACAGUUAUUAAUUCUCAGAGGAAGUUGCUAUUAUAAUCUCUAUUUUAUAGAUGAGGAAACUGAAGUAAGCAGAAAUUAUGUGCAUUUUCCAAGGUCACACAGCUAGCAAGUGUCUGAUUCUAGAUCAAACUCAAGUUUUCUCAACUCCUGACCCAGUGAUCUAUCCACUGUGCCACCUAACUGUCUAUUUAAAACUUUAGGAUUUUAACGGUGUUUUCCUAAUAGCGAUCCUGAAGUGGGUAGUGCAGAAAUUAUACCCAUGUUGCAAAUGAGGAGACUAGAACUUAAAGAACUUGUGAUUUUCCUAAGAUUAUAUAGCUACAUUCUGAUAUGAACCAAUGCUUUCAUUGAAGCCCAAAUGCAUCUUCCCCAAACAACCCACUUAUUUGUGGCUUUCUUUACAAUAGUCCUGUGAAAUGGGUAGUAUAAGCAUGAAAAGAUAAGAUGUUGGCUCUUGGGAGGGUCCACAGUAAGUAGUAGACAUCUUUUAGAAGAAGAAAGAUUAUCAGUGAAGUGAUUGGUCCAACAUUGCCAUGUGUGGGGACUGAGACUUGAAUCUGUCCUGUGUUUUUUCCAGUAUUAUACUUCCUCAUUUCUUUGGUUCCUAGAUUUGAAUUGGUUGCCUCCCCUGAUAUCUUAACAUUUUCUAAGCUCUUGGAGCAAUGGAACUGUCUAUUCUACCAGAUGGAAAAAUGGGAAACUGGUAGGAAGAGCCUUGCCUCCAGGUUUCAUUGUGCUUUUUAUAGUACCAGGAUCCCUGAAUUUGGGACUAGAGGAUCAAGAGUCCAAUCUUACCUUUAGCACUGGUUUGCCCCUGGACAAAUCAUUUAACUGCUCUGAACCUGAGAAAGAAUUGGAUGUGCAUUCUAAGGUGCCUUCUAGCUCCAAAUCUGUGAUCUCAUGAUUCAUUGAGCUAAGGAAUAAAUAACUUUGAGUAUUUUGGCAGUGAGAAAUGUAAAGAGGUAUAAAGAAUCUUAAUACUGGAGCAGACUAACCAUACUUAGCAGAAAAAUGACAAAAUCAGAAUUUGUACCUAAGUUUUCUGAGUCUAAGACUCCUUUCCCCGUACCUUGUUUUCCCCAUUGAGAGGCAGUAGCCUCUCCAUUUCCCCAGCUACUCCUUUUGUUACCUGGUUGACUAUGGAGAAUUUUGUGUACAGGAACACCCUGAAUCCCAAAUCAGAAAAGAAACAAAGAGGUACAGUAUGUCUGAGCAUACAUAGCUCAGAUAAAGAUGCAAAUGUGAGAGGGUGAGUUUGUAUUGAACUUGGAUCUGCAGUGAAGAGAAGGAAAGGUCUUAUGUGAGCAGUGAUUGUAUUAUUUGGGAAUGGGGCCAGGCUUGACCAUAUAGGAGGUGAGAUAAGGUUACUAUUAUUUCAGGCCUUUUUCCCAGCAUGGAGCCCAGUGCCUUACAUUUUGAAGUUCCCCAAAGACCUACUGGCUUCUUGAUUCAAUUUCUUGAUACACCAUUGAACAACCUGUGACUAAAGUAAUUGAUGAUUGGCUCUCUGCUGCUGUUUUUCUAUUCUUGAUAGAGAAUCAAUCAAGAUGACCAAUGAUAUCCCAAAGAUAAUGACUUGUUCGCAAAUUGAUUAAUUUAAAUGAAGCAAAAUUGCAUAAAAUUGUCAACAUCACUUUUUCCUCCAGUUAUCAAAGUUGGCAAGACCAAAGUCAAGUGACUAGUCAUGGCACAGAAUGCAAUGGUUGAGCUUGGCCUUUGUAAAUGAAGGUAGGUCUUUAAUAGGUCUCAAUUUAACUGAGGUCAUGUCCAUUUAGUGACUUAGAACUAGUUAAAAAUUGAGGCAAAAGGUGGCCCAGUUUAUCAUCACAAAGUACAAAUCUGGGACCAGAACAGAAAAGAAUUGCUAUUUGCAUUAAUUCUAAGCAAUAAAAGCCUAAACAAUGAGCAACGUUGUGGGGCUGUUGGCCCUUCAAACGAAUGCCAAAGUGAUUUGGAUUUAAAGAUGUAGUCAAGUAGCUACAUUUAAAACACAAAAUCCUGUUGUUUUUUUCAGAGCUCUAUUCCAAGAAUAAAUGAAAGCAAAACAAAAAGUAAUUUGUCCCCACUUUUGGGAAAAAAAUAAAAAUUUGAAGGGGCUUCCCUAGUGUAGAAAUAAAUGGGUUCUCCAUCUUUCAGAUUUAGCAUCAAUCCAAUUAGAUUUGUUUUAUGUGUCAUCCUAUGCAAGGACUUGGCAAGUUCAGGCCACUGUUCACAGAAGGACAUUUGAGAGUUUCCUAAAAGAUAGGAAAUGAUAAUUAUACAGUACUUUAAAGUUUACACACCUCUCCAUAAAUAUCUCAUUUGAACAUCUGUGUGAAAUCAAUACUAUUAUUAAUUAUCCUUUUUACAGAUGAAACUGAGGCAGACAAAUGGCUAGCCCAGAGUCACACAGCUAGUAAAGAGACUAAAUUUGGACAAGGGUCCAAUGUUCUGUCUGCUGUGCCAUUUAGUGGCCCGAUAUUUAAAACCAGUUCCCCUCCACUUGUAAGAGAGGAAUGACUGACUACCUAUGUGGCCACACUUUCUUGUGUGAUAAAAUACUGUGUUCCUCAUUGCUAAUCUUUCCAAUCCUGCUUUCAUCCCUGAAGAAUGGGAUGUUCACUGGUCCCUGCUGCCUCUUUUAAAUUACCUCUUUUCCUUCUGUGCCAUUGUGCUUUCCUGAAUGUCUUGAUCUAAGAUGGUAAUUCACUUUGAAAAGGGAGAAGAGUUUGAGGUAAGUUGGUAGUGGAAAGUGGAGAGUCAAGAGAACUGCACUCUAGUCCUAGCUUUUUCAACUAUGCUAUAUAACUUUGUAUCAUUUAUUUCUCUUUCUUUUGAAUCAUUUGUGAAUCAUUUCUAUGUUACUUUAAAGUUUGGUGACCACUUUCCUUACCACAAAUCCUAGGUGCUUGUACAUGAGAGUAAAAGCAUUAUCUUUAUUAAUAGAAACAAGCAGCAAAGAGUCCUACUUGGUAAGUGCUGGAGUCAGCCUUUGGACCUUAGUUUCCUAACUCUGCAAUGCUUCUCCUAAGCAAACUUUAAAUUUUUCUAGCACUUUUAAGGUCUAUAAAUUUGGAGCUGGAAGGAACCUUAGAGGCCAUCAAAUAAUGACAUAAGGUGAAACAGACAAAGACAUUAAAUGAUUUGCCUAAAAUUGGGAGAUGGGAUUCAGUUUCAGGUCUUUUUCAAGUAUAAUACCCUGCCCACUACUCAGUGCUGCCUGGGAUCUAUGCUGGCUUUCUAGUGCUUAGAAAAGUGUUCUUAAUGCAACAGAUCCUUAAUGUUGAAUGAAUAAAUGAAAAUAACAUCAGAAUAGGAGUCUGUUUUAACAUAGGAAUGGAAGGGACCUUAAAGAUUCUCAUUCAACCUUCAUUUUUAAAGAACAAGAAACUAAAGUCUACAAAGGACAAGCAAAUAAAUGUCUAUUGGACCCAAAGUCAGGAAGAGCCGAGUUUUAAUAUAGCCUUUGGACUCUCUGUGUCCCUUUCCCUCUCUUCUUUUCCCUUUCCUUUUCCCUCUCCCUCUGUAUAUAUUCUCUGUCUAUCCAUUCAUCUUCCAUCCAUUCCCCCCGCAAAAUGGUGCCCAUCUCCCCUCCCAAGGUUCUUGUGAGGAUAAAAUGAGAUAUUUGUAAAGCUCUUUGCAAGCCUUACAGUAUUCUAUAAAUGCCAUUAUAAACUAGAGAAAGGCAUCACUUGUUUCUCAUAUGUAGUAGAUUGUCAAGUUUUUUUUUACUUAUCCUUUUUAUUUUGUAUUGAUUUUUGUCCUCUUUUAAGUCAGCAUUUCAUUUCUAUGAUUAAUUUCAUCCCUAUUCACACUGUUUUGAUGGUAGUCUGUCCCUUCAUUUUCUUCCCUACUCCUAUUUACCUGCUCGAAGUUCCUCAAAUUUAGUUUUCAUACAUUUAUCUUUUUAAAAUUUAACUCAACUCAAAUUUAUAAGAAUUCAAGCCAUUCCCCAAUUGAUAAAUGGUAAAAGGAUAUGAGCACACACUUUUCAGAUGAAGAAAUUGAAACCAUUUCUGGUCAUAUGAAAAGAUGCUCUAAAUCAUUAUUCAUCAGAGAAACGCAAAUUAAGGCCACUCAGAUACCACUAGACAUCUCUCAGAUUGACUAAUAUGAUGGAAAAGAUAAUGAUGCAUGUUGGAGGGGAUAUGGGAAAACUGGGACA